CAGCUCCGUUUCACCGAGCUCGGACACUGAAGUCGGGAGAGAAUCAGCUCCCGGGUGAAAACACCGCUGUUGCGAGAGGUGGAGUUCUGUAAGCGGAGCCGUUGUAAAAUAAUGCGUAAAAAAGGCGUGCACAUGGAGUGUACAAGCAACGGAAUAAUGCACACUCGUUAACUUUGCUCUGCCGGUAGGUUUGUAGUAGAUGUUUUUUUUUUCAUCACAGCAUUCAUGAUUGCAGAUGAGACGGCGCAUAAGGGAACAAGAUUGCUGAUGAAGUGAAGGAAAGACAACCAGACAUGGAUCCAGAGUACUCGCUCUUCCUGCACAGGAUUCUUGAAGAGUUGGACACGAAGUACAGCACGGUGUCAUACCAGGACCUGUGCAAGUCCCUGUGCAGCAGGUUUGACCUGGCCCACCUGACCAAGCUGCGCAGCCUGCUGUUUUACAUGGCCUGCCUGGAUCCCAGCUUCCCCGCCACCCUCUUCAGGGACAAGAUGAGGUGCUCCGGGGACAGCCAGCAGUCCAAGAAGCUGACGGUGGCGGCGGACAUCGUCACCAUGUUCAACCUCAUUCAGAUGAACGGCGGGACGAGCGUGGACAAACUUCCCUCCUCGCACCGGCCCAAAGUCCACAAGAACCAAUCCUUUGAGUCCUGCCGCUCGGACAGUGACGUGUACAGGUACUCAGGCCGUGAUAGGUCCCUUGACUUCCUGGAUGCCGGGGCCCCUCCCCCUUCAAGAGCCUCUCCUUGCCCUAAAUCGGACUGCAACGGCUGUCAGCACUUCAUUCCAGCCCCAAACCACAGCCUCCUCCGAGGAGCCCGCGGCGAUCUGAAGUGCAGAGCGGCAUCUCUCGACAAACUGCAGCACCUCCCUCAGCACCUCCCUCAGCAACUCCCUCAGCAACUCCCUCAGCACCUUCUGCAGUACGGCGGCGACCGCUCUCCCUCCCCCUGCGACAUGCAGAGCACCUACUUCCCCACGGACAUCGACAGCGAGUCCACCACUGACGCCGACUCCCUCAACCCGGCCAUCAAGGAGACGCUGGUGUCCUCCUCCGCGGAGCCCUUCGCCUUGCACUCCUGCGUCCAGAAGAGGAACAUCUUCAAGGAGGACUUCCACAACCUCCCAACUUUCACGCCGCAGGUGAUCACCACCGACUCCACGCCCGGGGUGCAGUCGGGUGGAGGGUACCCGCAGCGCGAGCUGCGUAAACCCCCCAACUUCUUCAACCACAGCUUUGAGCUUCCGUACAGCAACCCUUACAGCGAGCCGGCCCACUCUCCCUGCCCAGAGGCCCGCCGAGCCAAGCACGAGAGCCUGGACGACCUGCAGGCCUCCACCUACUUCGGUCCGACGCCAGUUACCGAGUGUGCCGGUGGCAGGAGGACGCCUGGGAAACCGGGCCGGCAGCCGGCCUGGCCAAUCAAGAGCCUGAGCCUGAACACCGAAGAGGGGCCGGAUUUCGAGCGCUCUUUCCUGAAGCAGCCCAGGAACGAGCGGCGGCAUGCCGGUGGCAGCCUGGAUGAUGAGCGCCAUUAUCAGGCCGGCAAGGAGCAGCCGGCCGUCUCGCCCUCCACUUUCGGAGCCAAACCCUCCGGGCCCAAAACCAAGGAUGCCAGCUCCAUGGCUGGAGGAGUGGGGGCGGACAGGAGAGAAGCCAUGAAGAGAUUCAAAGACAAAAGCAUCAACUGCACAUCUCUCCAGGGCGGGGGCGUGGAGAACAUGCUCAGUGUGGGCACGCAGACAGAGAACUACGACCGCCGGCGACUGAGAGACAUCAUGAGCCUCAGCAAGUAUGGCGAGAAGCACCCUUUCUCCCGCUCCGAGGACGACAGCGACGACAUCAGCGACAUAUUCCGCUUCCUGGACGACAUCAGCGUGUGCGGCUCCACGGGGGUCAUCCAGUCGUCCUGCUACAACAGCGUGGGUUCCCUCUCGCAGCUCGCCAAGUCGGACGGCGACAGCUCACCCGAGCAGAGCAACGCCAAGAAGGGCGCCAAGAAGCUGGAGCGGCUCUUCCACUCCCUGGAGAGCACGGACGACGAGCUGAAGUCCAGCGUGUGCAAGCUGGUGCUGCGCAUCGGGCAGAUCGAGCAGAAGCUGGAGUCCCUGUCCGGGGUGCGCGGGGAGAUCUCGCAGGUCCUGUCCAAGCUCAAUAAGCUGGACCAGAAGAUCCAGGAGCCGGAGCCCAUCGGGAGGAAGAAGGAAAUGGCCCUGCCCAGUGGGCUCUGCCUGGACAUUGACCCCUCUUCCGGAGCCUUCCGCUGCCACACCACCGGGCACGUGUCCAAGGGCGACGGCAAGGCCGAGUGGUGCUGCUUAGACGCCAGCGCGGCGGGGAGCGAUAGCGGGCGCGGCAGGUCGCUGAAGAGGGGUCUGUUCUCGCGACGGUCGUCCCGCUGCCUGACCGAGGACAGCGCCACGGAGUCCAAAAUCGCCAGCAUUUCCAACUCGCCACGCGACUGGCAUCCUGGGACCAGCGAGGAAGGGAAGGAGAAGGAACGUGAUGCCAAAGACCGACACCGCAAACAGAAAGAGGUACAUGCAGGGGUGCCGGGCUUUGACCUUUAUCCGCAGAUGGACCGGUCCAAAGUGCCCAGGGACUCUUACCUGAUAGAGCAAGUGUUCAGCCCGCCCCCCUUUCCCCAGUCCAUCAAACCCCACAUGAAGGGCAGCCCUCUGUACACCGACCUGCGUCUGAGCGAACUGCCCGAGGGCAAGAGGACAGCGCCGCCCUGGGGCCUGGACCAGAACAAGCUCACCGCCCUGGACCUGCAGACACAGGACUCCCUGAAUCCCAACAACCUGGAGUAUUGGAUGGAGGACAUCUACACGCCGGGCUACGACUCCCUGCUGAAGCGCAAGGAGGCCCAGUUCAGGAGGGCCAAGGUGUUGAAGAUCGGAGCCCUGGUUGUUGCGGCCGCCUGCACUGUGAUCUUGGUAAUUGUAGUUCCUAUCUGUACCAUGAAGUCAUGAAGAGGCUUACCAACUGGUUUAAUGUUCUAGUCUUACAGGCUGGUUUAAUGGUCCGUUCUAACAAACUGGUUUAAUGGUCCAGUUUUAGAAUCCAGUCUUUCAAACUGGUUUAGCGGUCCAGUCUUGCGAACAGGCGAAAUGGUCCAAUCUUAGGAACUGGUUUAAUGGUCCGGACUUACAAACCUGUUGAAUGGUCCAGUUUUGCAAACAGGUUAAAUGGUCCAAUCUUGGGAACUGGUUUAAUGGGCCAGUCUUACAAACUGGUUUUAUAGUCCAGUCUUACAAUCCAGUCUUAUGGUCCAGUCUUACAAACUGGUUUAGUGGUCCAGUCUUGCAAACUUGUUUAUGGUCCAGUCUUAUAAACUGGUUUAAGGGCCAGUCUUGCAAACUGAAAAGUGACUUAACUGGUCAAAGCUGGGGGCUUAAAAAAGUUUAAUGUGCCAGCGCUGCUGGUCCUUUUAUACCAUGCUGAAUGAUGUGCGUUAUACUCUUUGAGGUGGAGGUGGAAAAUGUUAAGAUAUUCAAAUGAUUUUGUUGUUGUGAGUAUUUGAUUCUUUAUUAUUGUAUUUGACCAACAAUUUAUGUUGAAUGGAAUAAACACAUUCUUCUGAAACACAUGACUUCAUAUACCUUGUAUAGCAGUGUUUGUUUUUCUUUAAUUUAGCAAGAGAUGCAUUGUACAGGAAUUUUAUCUCCUCGAGGGUUACUUUCUUAGUUGUUGAGCACUUUCAUUUUUUAUUUGAAUAGAGUGAUAUUCAGUUGUGCAAUUAAGUGUUAUUUUCAGCGAAUUAACUGACUGAUGUAUGUGGAAAGCACCAUAAUAUAACAAAGCGUUGCUUAUCCUCACCAUUGUAAGUUUCCACUCACCACUCUUAGUUUCAUGGAAAUUGUAUUUUGAACUGCCCAAUCCGACUGUAGAGUACAGGAGGUUUUUUGUUUGUUUUGAGUCAGGUUUUAUCUGAUUGGGUAAAUUCUUGUCCAUGAAUCUAUUCUUGAAGUUGUUCCCUCCCACCAGUGAGUGCUGUUUAUCAGAGAUUGAGUGUCUAUUUGAUUCCAUUUGAGAGUAUCUACUGCUCCGACCCGUCUGAGUCCAAGACAAAAUGCCUCUGCUUCACAGCAAUGCAUCUGUAACAUCAGUCUCCUCUGGGGCCUUACGAACUCUUACGGACCACCUGUUGCUUCAAGCCCUCCAGCUACAGUCCUGCUCUUACCCUCACAUCUACAGGAGCCUAUGGCUUGGGGGAAGACUCUAUGGGUCUGGAUGUAAAUAUGUUUACUGGGGAGCUGUCAUUUUGGGCAGUUCUGUCAUUGCCAUUGAAACUGCGGACUGAUGGUGAUGUAUGAUGUUAUGGACAGGACCUGCCAUGUCAACAGCAGUGACCCUGAGACCCAAUAAAACGAUAAAACGGCAUUGUUCUUA